GCAGUCUGAAAGGGACAGUCGAUGUAUUAGAACAACAUGGGUUUCCCACGCUGCUUCCUCCUGUUGCCCUGCAUCUUGCUGCUGGUUCAGGUCCCUCAGACUCAGUCCAGACCAGCCACAGAGGACAUAGAAACGGAUGCGAUGAAAUCCUCUGAAGAUGAAGAAGAUGAUGAAUCAUCCUCAGAGGAAAAUAAACUGUCCAAUGAACUGUCAACAAGCAAUGAAAACCUCCAACCGCUGGCGCCGCAGUGGGUGAUGCCGGAGAAGAUGGAGAAACAGCUCCAUGCGGUUCCAGCCAGCAAGACAGUCAAGUUUCGCUGUCAAGCAACUGGAAACCCUGUUCCUAGUCUGCGCUGGUACAAGAAUGGAAGAGAGUUCAGGAAAGACCAAAGAAUAGGAGGGUUCAAGAUCAGAGACCACAUGUGGACUCUGAUAAUGGAGUCAGUGGUUCCCUCUGAUAGGGGGAACUACACCUGUGUGGUAGAGAAUGAGCAUGGGAGCCUUAACCAUACCUACCUGCUGGAUGUAGUAGAACGUUCUCCACACAGACCGAUCCUGCAGGCCGGUCUGCCAGCUAAUCAGACUGCAGUUGUCGGCAGCGAUGUGGAGUUUGUGUGCAGAGUGUUCAGUGACCCACAGCCUCACAUCCAAUGGCUCAAACACAUCACUGUCAACGGCAGCAAAGAAGGACCAGAUGGACACCCCUACGUCCUGGUUCUCAAGACUGCAGGUUUGAACACGACAGAUAAAGAAAUGGAGGUUCUGACUCUGAAGAAUGUGACUCUGGAUGAUGCUGGGGAGUACACCUGCCUGGCGGGGAACUCCAUUGGUGUGUCGUACCACUCUGCGUGGCUCACUGUGGUCGAUGAGCUGCCCCCUACACCAGUCCCCUCACAGACAUACCUGGAGAUCUUCAUCUACUGCCUUGGGUUUUUCAUCAUCAUCAUCCUCACUACCACAGCAGUCAUAUGUAGGCUCUGCUGUGCCCCAAAGAAGAGUGACUUUACCAGCCAGCUGGCAGUGCAGAAAUUAGCCAAGAGCAUUCCUAUGAGGAGACAGGUAUCGGUUGAGUCCUCGUUCUCCUUGCAGUCUGGGGCAUGUUUGAUGCGUCAAUCCCGUCUCUCCAGCGCAGCCACUACUGUUCUGGCAGGAGUGUCAGAGUACGAACUGCCUUAUGAUCCUUCUUGGGAGCUUCCACGUGACCAGCUCACACUCGGGAAGCCUCUGGGAGAGGGCUGCUUCGGUCAGGUGGUCCUUGCAGAGGCUCUUGGGAUUGACAAAAACAAACCCACACGCCUCACCAAGGUGGCUGUGAAGAUGCUCAAAACGGAUGCUUCAGAGAAGGACCUGUCUGACCUGAUCUCUGAAAUGGAGAUGAUGAAAAUGAUUGGGAAACAUAAAAACAUCAUUAAUCUUCUAGGCGCCUGUACGCAGGAUGGCCCCUUAUACGUGAUAGUGGAGUAUGCCUCGCAGGGGAACCUGAGGGAGUAUCUGCGUGGUCGGCGGCCAGCUGGGUUGGAGUAUUGGAGCGGCGUGCAGCAGACUGCACUGGGCAGGAUGGAGAUCAGGGAGCUGGUAUCUGCUGCGUACCAGGUGGCCCGAGGAAUGGCAUACCUUGCUUCAAAAAAGUGUAUUCACAGAGACCUGGCUGCUAGAAACGUCCUGGUCACUGAAGACAACGUGAUGAAGAUCGCCGACUUUGGCCUUGCCCGAGACAUCCACCACAUUGACUACUACAAAAAGACCACGAAUGGUCGUUUGCCAGUGAAGUGGAUGGCACCUGAAGCUUUAUUUGACCGCAUUUACACUCAUCAAAGUGACGUGUGGUCAUUUGGCGUCUUGCUGUGGGAGAUAUUCACACUUGGGGGCUCCCCUUACCCCGGAGUUCCUGUUGAGGAGCUCUUCAAGCUGCUAAAGGAGGGACAUCGCAUGGAAAAGCCGUCCGCAUGCACUCAGGAGAUGUAUCUGAUGAUGAGAGACUGCUGGAACGCAGUCCCAUCCCACAGACCGACGUUUCAGCAGCUGGUAGAAGAUUUAGAUCGUAUUCUUUCUCUACUGGCUAAUCAGGAGUACCUGGACCUGGCUGUCCCUCUGGUCCAGUACUCAUCAGUUCAGUACUCCCCUGUCAUUCACUCCACCUCGACUCAUUCCUGCACCUCAACAUAG